AUGCCCUCCUCGUGCAAAGACAUCCGCGCGGCCCUAGCAACCUGCCUGCAAAACUCCGACUGCGUCAUGAUCUACCGCAACACCCCCGCCGACUGCCUCCGCCCCCCGCUCGUCGACGGCCUCCCGACCCGCUGUCGGCAGCUCAAAAAGGGCUACGGCGAGUGCAAACGAGGCAUGAUCGACAUGCGGAAGCGGUUCAGAGGCAACCAGCCCAUCGCCGUCAGCAAGGAAAUCGAGGGCGAGAAGGGUGGGCAGCUCUAUGGGGGGGGAAAGCGGUGGGAGAGACGGGGAUCGGAGGGAUCGGGAAGGCGGAGGCGGAUUUGGUGGAGGGCGCGGAUGGGGAGUUGCGGAAGAGGGAGAGCUAGGCUGGGGAGUGGGAGGGGAUACGGUGCAGAGGGGUGGCACCGCUUUGGUGUUGCGGUUGUGGGUUGUGGAUUGCAUGGGCUUCUCUUCCUCGUCUGGUCGGGUCUACGUUGA